AUGCAGUCACUGUCAGUGGAGGAACUGAAGAGGUUACUCUAUGACACGUUUUGCGAGCACCUGUCCAUGCGUGACAUUGAGAACAUCAUUUUGACUGAAGAGGCUGGGAACCUAGGUACAAGAGGGGACUGUCCUGUCGAUAUGGAGAGCUCCCCAAAUCAACAAAUCCGCCAGACCUGCGUGCGUAAGAGUUUAAUCUGCGCCUUUGCCAUCGCUUUCAUCAUCAGUGUGAUGCUAAUAGCAGCAAAUCAGGUCUUGCGCAGUGGCAUGAAGUAG